UCAGAUAGGAUUUUCCGUCCGGCUGCGGCUACAAAUCCAGCACACGCGCUUCGCCCCAGCCUCCAACUACCCCCCUCAGUCCAGUCCAGCCCAGCCCCGCUCGGGAACCUUCCAGAAGCGCAAGCCUCCCAAGGCCGUCGCCUUCCCAUCCCUUCCUCGCCGCCGGGGUCGCCUGAGGUACGCUACUUGACCAAAACCACCCCCCGAAUUAGUGGGUUUCCGAUCCCACGCGCUGCGCUGGCGUUUCGUACGGUUCAGUCUCCGGUUCCGCAGGAGCAAUUGUAGCUGGAUCUUAGAUCGGCGGAUCACAUAAACAAUGGUGAAGGCUGUUGCUGUGCUUGGUAGCAGCGAGGGUGUCAAGGGCACCAUCUACUUUGUCCAAGAGGGAGAUGGCCCCACCACUGUCACCGGAAGUGUCUCUGGUCUCAAGCCUGGCCUCCAUGGGUUCCAUGUGCAUGCACUUGGUGACACCACAAAUGGCUGCAUGUCAACUGGACCACAUUACAAUCCUGCGGGCAAGGAGCAUGGAGCACCAGAGGAUGAGAACCGCCAUGCCGGUGAUCUUGGAAAUGUGACAGCUGGAGCAGAUGGUGUUGCUAAUUUCAAUAUUGUCGACUGCCAGAUCCCACUGACUGGACCAAGCUCAAUCAUUGGCAGAGCUGUCGUUGUUCACGCUGAUCCUGAUGAUCUUGGAAAGGGUGGGCACGAGCUCAGCAAGAGCACUGGAAAUGCUGGUGGCCGAGUUGCUUGUGGGAUCAUUGGACUCCAGGGAUGAAAGUGCCGUCUCCGGCCAUCACCAACAGACCGAUCUGAGUUAUUCUGGAAUAAGUGCACCUGAUCCAUGAUCAGCGGUGUUUGUCGUUCGCACCUAUUGAACCUACCGAUGAACUUAACUCUGUUCAAUAUGCCGCUUGGCCUUCACCUGUGUUACAUGUUGCUCCGAGAACAUCCAAUCGAUAUGCUUUCUGGAAA